UAUUUCGCAGAUGUUCCCGCUUUAGCAGUCUUAAGGAUUAAUGGUGGUGUUGUGUUUGGUAAUCGGUGUCACCUUUGUUGUGUGUGUGUGUACAUCAAAUGUUUAUAAGAUUGUGUCGUCGAGUGUAAUAAGUGAUUAGAAUAUGGGAGCAAAGAGUCGGUAAGUGUUCUUGUGGUCGAUAUUUGGAUAAUGCCGUCAUUCGACUUCUGGGAGGUGGUGGUGUGACGACGACACAGCAUGGCAACGCCAGCGCACGCUCGGAUGGCUUGCCCAGAACAAAAAAUUUCCGAUAGCGUCGAACAAGAAGGAGGGGAAUCUUUAAAGAAUGGAACAACACUCGAAGAUUCUGAUGAUUCAACGGGUAAUGUGCUUGUAAAAAAUCGUGCCCGAUCACCAGCGGCCGCCACUAAUAACCCACAACACAGGGAUAUGGCUAUGGAUGGUUUUCAAGAUGGAGGGAGUGCUAACAGUAGGCCUCCUGUUAACGUGGAAGGCAGCGGCGGUUUUCCCGCUUCCCUCGAUAAUAGGUCUCGGAUUGAUUACCAACAAUUUAAUCAAAGUUCCAGAGUGGACGUUAGUAAUGAAGAUUUUAGGAAUUCUCAGGAACCAACGUUUAACCAUGGAAGUGAUAUGAGCAGCUAUAGUACUGGACGCUAUGAUCAACAUGGCGGAGGCCAAAGUAGUGAUAUGACAACAAAUUCUCCAUCAAAUAAAAUGUAUUCACAAUAUAAUCAGCCUCAAUUGAGGCCGAACUACCCCCCGGGGCCUCGUGGGCGAUCCAUGAGUAAUUACCCCGGGGGCAAUAAUGCCCAGCAGCAAAGGUUUCUAUCGGGCCCAACGCUUUCGCAACAAACAGGACCCACACCGACGCUCAAUCAAUUGCUGCAGGCUCCUAACUCUCUUCAAAGGUAUCACAAUAAUUAUGAUUACAAAAAUAUGGACCCUAAUAAUCCACAAUAUCAGGCAACGAACAGUACUUGGGGUAGGAGUAAUACUUCGUCAUCUGGAUAUCAACAACAAAUAUCUUCUUCAUCAAUGUAUAGAAAUCAGGGUGGUGGCGGUGGUCCAGUGGCUGAUCCUUCAAUGAAAAGGUCAUACAGUGGGCAGCAGCCAGGAGGAGGUGGUCCCCCUCAAGGUCAAUAUUCCCAGCAGUACCAUCCUUAUAGUCAGUCUCAAUCACAAGCCGCGCCUCCUCCCUCAGUCCGGCAGAACUAUCCUCCUCAACAGGGCAUACAGCAAUAUCCAGGCCCACAGCAUGGACCAUCGCAGUCAUCACAGAUGUCACCUGCUAGUGGCUAUGAGCAGCAAAGGCCACCCCAGAUGGGUUCUUAUGGAGGACCACCACCCUCUUCUGCACAGCAACCAUCACCUCAGCAACCUCCAUCUAAUUCUCAACAAACCUCUCCUCAGCAACAACAGCCUCAACAGCAAUCGCCUCACCCCUCAACACCUUUGCAGCAGCAACAAAUGCCUCAACCUGCAACUCCUCAGCAACAACCUCCUCCUCCUCCACCAUCUCAGCAAUCUACUCAGGCCAACAGCCAAACAUUCCCAUGCCUCCUCGACCCUCUUCCACUCAGUCUGAAAGUAACAGUGGGCAACCACAAAUGCCACAAUCACCUAUGGCUGCAUCACAAGGUUAUAGUCAACAAAUGGCCCCUCCAGCAAUGUAUGGAAAUAAAAUGCAUCAAAACAUGAUGGGUGGUAGUAAUUCUCACAUGGCACCUUAUCCUUCCCAGAGUUCAGCUCACUAUGCUCAGGGUAUGUCUGCCACAACAGUUACUCAAAGUAUCAGCAGUCCAGUUCCUUCUGCAGUUACAGUCUCCAGUCCAUCUGUUCCAGAUAUGAUGCAGCAGUCAAGAAAUUCCAUGAGUUUGCCACCACCCCCUCCAGUGAUGGAUGAAGGUAGUCAAGCAUCCAAUGCCUCUGCAUCAUCUUCUUUACCUGAGGAACGGGUUGAAACGCCAAAGCCAAACAAUAAGCCUGUGAUGUCUCAUCCUCCGACACCAAAUACAUUGCCGUCACCUGGGGCAGCAUCUAUGUCGUCCUUCCACGACGAAUUCGAAAGUGUCUCUAGCCCGAGUUGGCCCAGAACGCCAGCUAGUCCUGUCAUCAAUAAUCAAGUUUAUGAUCAUCACCCAAUUAAGCGUCCUGACGGUAUGCUGAAAUUGUACGAUAUCUCUGAUGAUCCUGAUAGAAGAUUAUUUUUAGAUAAACUAAUCAUGUAUCAGGAGGAGAGAGGUACUCCUCUCUCUCAAUGCCCCACAAUCAGCAAGCAGCCACUUGAUCUCUACAGGCUGUACUUGGCUGCUAAAGAAAGGGGUGGCUUUGUUGAGGUGAUGAAAGGUAAGAUGUGGAAGGAAAUUGCAGGACUGAUAGGGAUUGGUGCUUCUUCAAGUGCGGCAUAUACUCUGAGGAAACAGUACAUCAAACAUCUUCUGCCUUAUGAAUGUAAAUACGAUAGGGGAGGCAUUGAUCCUGUUCCUCUCAUAAGUAGCCUGGAGUCUAAUUCCAGAAAGAAAAAUGCCAAAAAUGCAGGUGGGCCCAUAAUGGAUGGUUACCCAUCCCCUUAUCCCGGUGGAUACCCACCUAAUGCUGGAUCUCAUCCUGGCAUGAUGUCAGGAUCCGAUUAUCCAGGACAUCAUCCUCCCUACCAAGAUGGCAUGCAUCAUCCUGGAGGUCCUAUGGUUAAUCAUUCAGGAUCAGAGGGUGCAAUGGACCCUUUCAAUGAUGACAUCCAAAGUUCCCAGUAUCAGCCUAGGCACAGCUCCGGUGACACCUACGGAUACUCCCAAGCGAACGCAAAUGCCAACAUGCCCCCGUAUUCCGGAAACCAACCCAACGUACCCUCUUCGUCUUUCGGCUACAGUAAUACUGCUGGGCAGCAAGAGCCAUAUAGUGAUCAGUAUUCAAAUACCAUGGUGCCUCCUAUUGCUGAGACUAAUUUUCCCAAUAGGAAUAUGGUGCCUGAUCCAUAUGCACCACCACCUGGUGGGUAUCCCCCUAACAGGACGGUUGGACCAAAUGCCACUCAGUACCCUAACUACCCAGACCCUUGCUCUGAUCAAGAGAGGUUUAAUGAAUCACAACCACCUCCCACGAGUCCAAUGAUUAGGCCACCAACUGCAACUACGUCUGUGAUUGGUUCCUCGCCUACUCCAGAACCGUCUCCUUAUCCACCAUCACAUAGAUAUCCAGGUCAGCCUAUGGGAGUUCGAGAGAGCAUGCCUCAACAACAACCAAUGUCUUUUCAAGGCCGACCCCCACCUUCUCAAUAUCCUAACAGUCAACCGACUAAUCCAGCACCCUACCCAUCUUCUCAACCAGAUACAUAUAGAGGAUCUGAGUUUCAGCCUCAGAUGUCUCGAUUGCAGUCAACACUUAUACAAAGACUUCUUCCUAAGAACCAAAUAAAUCAAAAUUAUCCACCCUCUCAACAAGGAAUGUAUGGUCAAAGCAUGCCGCCUCCAAACAAAGUUGCACCGCCCAGCAACUUACCUGGAAACAUGUAUCAACGUGAUAUGUAUUCUGUGGGCCAAAAACGCCACAACGAGUACUCGAAACCUCACGGCCAAGAUCAGUAUCACAUGGGACCCUAUCCACAGCAGCAACAAUCUGCGGCUCCUUAUUCUGAUCGUGGUCAAUAUCCUUAUCGUCCAACACAUGGUGUUCCACCUCAGGCUCCUGGUCCUCCUCAACAAGGUUGGCCUCGGGAUAAUCGACCCUACUCAUCAAGUCAGAAUCAGUAUUCCCCUGGUCAGCGCGACAAUUGGGACAUGUCAAGACAUGGAGAGGCUCCUCAACCUAGAGGUUGGUCACGUUUUAGUGGUCCCCAAACAGAGCCUUAUCCACAUCAUAUGGGUCCUCCAAUGGGACCAAAAAUGAUGUCGCGGGGCUUUCCUCCUAAUAAAAUACAGCAACCUCAUGGCGUUGGGCCUCCACCGCAAUAUUCCAGUCAGUCUCAACGAAAAGAAGUCAUAUUUCCUCCCGACACUGUGGAAGCUGUAACUCCUCUCAUCACAAAACGGCGUCGGGUCCUCUCCAAAGAUAUAAUUCCCAUUGAUGCGUGGAGAAUUAUGAUGGCUCUCAAAUCUGGGUUACUUGGAGAGAGUACCUGGGCCUUGGAUGUCCUCACCAUUUUGGUUCAUGACGAUGCCACCGUCCUUUACUUUGGACUCAACCAUCUGCAAGGGCUCCUAGAAGUUCUAAUGGACCAUUACAGGAGGUGCCUGAAUCUAAUAUUUGAUUUAGUUGGUGACAUGGAAGUAGGCUUUAUGCUGAAUCCAGGCGAAGGAGUGAAAAAGGAACGAAAAAAGAAAUGGUACGAGUUAGACAGCGAACUGUCGGACGUCGAAUCGAACGACAUACCCUUAUCAGACACUUUAUGUAAUGACAAAACAUCUAUUUUAAACACGACGAAUUAUACUUUUAGAACACGUUGCAAAAAAAUUGUAAGGACUCAAGAAGAGGAGGCUCUGUUUCUGUUUGAUCCUCAUAAAAAGUGGGAUGUGCACGAGGGUUUCAUAAGUGGAAGCAGCCAUUGGCAACAUGGGGGAGGGGAAUAUACCGGUUAUAUACAGACACAUUUUGAAAAUAUUGAAAAACGUGUGAGAUUUGUAAGAAUUUUAAAAGAUAAAUGUAAGGAUGCCAAAACAGAACAAAGAGAAAGUGUUGUACAUAGUAAAAAAGAAUGUGGAUCUGAUACUGAGGAAGACGAGAGCAGCCCGUGUAUAAUUACACCUUCGGAGGCAAAUGACUCAAAAUGUAAUGAUAACGUUCAUUCUGUGAUUGACAAGGAAUCUACGCCCCCAAAAGACUCUUCUAAAAAUAAAAAUUGUGACAAUCCGGACAAUAGCUUUCCAAAAAUAAGACCGGUUUCCCCUAGCAGGAAGCGGAGGGCUGUAGAAGACUUGGAGGAGGAAUCUUACAAUAGAGAUGAGCCAUCUUUGUGUAUAAUAGGUGAUUCCCAAGAUUCUCUCGUGCGCAGGUGCAUUUGUGUGUCAUCCAUCUUAAGGAACUUGUCAUUUGUGCCUGGAAAUGACACUGAAAUGUCUAAACAUUCUGGUUUCUUACUUGUGCUCGGCAGGCUUCUGCUACUGCACCACGUUCAUUCUCCACGCAAGCCUCCUCAGCGACACUACGACCGCGAAGAAGAAGGUGAAAACUCUUCUGUUGCAGAUUCCUGCAGCAGCCUGAACACUGAACAUGAAUGGUGGUGGGACAUGUUACAUAUUAUUCGUGAAAAUACGCUAGUCACCCUAGCCAAUAUUGCGGGUCAGUUGGACUUGGCUCCUUUCCCUGAAGAAAUUAGUUUUCCCAUUUUAGAUGGCCUUAUGCAUUGGGUCACUUGUCCUUCUUCGUAUGCCCAAGACCCACUCCCCACCCAGCCAUCGCACUCCGUCCUCUCACCUCAACGUCUCUCUCUGGAAGCUCUGAGCAAACUUUCAGUUCUAGAAAGCAAUGUCGACCUCAUGAUGGCCACACCCCCCUGGGAAAGGAUCGACAGGUUCUUCUCGCUCUUGUCGAAAUGGUUGAGUAGGAACGAAGAUCAAGUGUUGCGGGAGUUCUCUGUAGUCCUUCUGUCCAAUUUGUCACAAGCUGACAGCAGUAUGGCUAGGGCAAUAGCACUGCAGGGCACUUGCAUACCUCUUCUCAUAACAUUUGUGGAACAAGCGGAACAAAGUGCAUUGCAGGUGGCCAAUGCACAAGGGAUUAAUGCCCUCAGGGAGAAUCCUGAGCUUAUGGGUACCACUCUGGACAUGGUAAGGCGAGCUGCUGGCACUCUCCGAUGCCUCGCAAGGGUACCCAGCAACCGAACAUUGUUUUUACAACACCAACAAAGGCUGCUGGCACUGGUCAUGUCACAAAUAUUAGAUCAAGGCGUAGCAUCCAUUAUUGCCGAUGUUCUAUUCGAAUGCUCGCAGGAAGAUGCGGAGGACUCCCUCAAUGUGACGAGUAGCAACAGCAGUGGGGAGAAAGUGGUGCCAUCUCCUAAUGCAGAGGAUGGCUCAACGUAAUAAUUUAUAUGUCACUUCUUAAAAUACCAGUUUCAAAAAUCAGCUAUGGUCAGAUAGUGCAAAUAUUUGUUGAAAAGGACUUGCUUGGGAUUGGUGCAUUGGCAAUAUUUAUUUAAGUGAAGAAAAUUUUAUUUCUGUUUUGUGAUUCAUUAGAUGCCUCCUGGGGAGUCAUACUUAGGACUCUGAAUUUAAUAGAGAAUGUCAUUGUUUAUAUAAAGUCACGUUACAAAAAAAUCUGUUAGCAAUUUCAAAAAGAGCAUGCAUGUAAAAUGCUUGUGAAUGUUUCAUCUUUGUACAGCUGUUAAAACAACACAUUGCAUCAGGCAUUGUAGAUAUUUACACACCAUUUACCUGAUGUGGUGCAUCAUGUGUUUAAAAUAAAACAAACAAAAUUUUUAGUUGAGACUAGAAAAAAACCUCAUUUCCAUAUUGUAACUGUACAAAAAAAAAAAAAAANAUACAAAAAAAAAAAAAAGGAAAAUGAGUGGACAAUAAUGUACAGCCUAGAUGAUUAUAAAGCACAAACAAAUAAAAAGAAAUGUCUCUGAGAUUUUAUUGUGACUUUUCAUCCUUUAAAAAAAAAAAAGAAAGAAAUCUUUAUUACUGAAAAGCACUUUAGAAAUCAAACUUUACAUGGAAGAACAGCUGUCGGAAGAAUGUUAGGUUUAAAAGAUACUGGCCAAAUACCUAUUGUUUUUUAAUCAGUCUUAAGCUGAUGGGAAGCAGUUUGUUAAGGUUCCAGUCCAGGAUUUCUGUCGGCUCUUUAAUAUUGAUAUUUAUGAGUGCAAGAGCUUUAUACUAUGUAUAUGUCUAAUCAUCAUUGAAAUAAAUGUACAUAUAAAAUA